CUAAUGGCAGAGGCUGCAGGGAAACCCAUCCUUUGCUGCGGCUGCUACGCUGAAGGACGGUCCUCAGAAAAGUUGGAGGUUGCACCACCAUCUCCAGGACAACUGAGACAUGUGUUCUUCCACAAUGCAUUACCUUUUGUAGGGUUUGGAUUUUUGGAUAACGCAAUUAUGAUUGCUGCGGGAACCCAAAUAGAAUUGUCAAUUGGAGUUGUCCUAGGAAUUUCAACUAUGGCAGCUGCUGCUUUGGGAAACCUUGUUUCAGAUUUAGCUGGACUGGGUCUUGCAGGUUAUGUAGAAGCUUUAGCUUCGCGACUGGGUCUCUCAAUCCCUGAUCUGACACCCAAACAAGCUGAUAUGUGGCAAACACGUCUCAGUGCACACUUGGGUAAAGCUAUUGGAGUGACCAUUGGCUGCAUUUUAGGAAUGUUUCCUUUGUUGUUCUUUGGUGAUGAGGAAGAAAAACUGGAAGAAAAAAAUUAACCUUUUUACAAGACAUAUACAAAUGUAAACUACUGUACCUCAAUUAUUCAAUUACGCUGUCAAUAUUUAGGAAUUACAGACAGUAAAAAAAAUGUAUAGACUUGGGAACAAAACCUUCAGCAUGUCGUUUUAUGGAAACACUAAUUUAUUGUGGCUUUGUUGUGUUCAGUACUUCUUUUUAUAAGAUAUCAUCUAACUUUUUAUUUAAUUGUAAAUUUUUGAAGUGUUUUCACUUAUGGCAACUGAUGUUUACCACUUUCCCCUUUGACUUUGUUCUUGAAUAGAUUAUUACUUUAAUAAUCCACCAUGGAUGACAGUAUCACUCUUGAGUUUCAUAUUAGUUGCUUAACAGUUAUAAUUGCAUGACAAAAAUUUCACAGCUGUUCAUCAGGUCCUUCAAUGCAGAUUAUUAAGGAGAUCAGUGAUGAGUAAUUUGAAGACCCUCACUGCAAGAUGACUGGUUGCCCCUCACCAGCCAUCAUUUUGCACUGCCUUUAGAUUAGGUAUUUCAGUGAUCUACGACAGUCUAGGUUGCGUUUUUUCACAAUUCUGACUAAGUGUCUGAAUUGUCUUCUGAGAUGAUAAUUUUAAUGCUUUGACAAGAUAAGUUUUUGCAGUGUAGGCUUUUCACCAAGUCCAUUUUUUUAGUAGUGUUUUAGCACCUUCUGUACUUCCAUAUUCACGCCUUCUUUUCUCCUUUGUAAAAAAUACUUUGAGAAUUGAGUUGAGAUAUCCUUAAAUUUGUCUUCCUGAGUUUUGAGUGUGGUAUUAAAGAAUUCAGACCAACAACAAAUAACUUUUUUUUGAUUGUUCUACUUAAAAUAAGGUGUGAAUAGUUGAUUGGGUGGGUGA